GUUGGUCUUAAGGCGGGCGAGCGGGCGUUUUGUGUUGCAUUUUUGUUGACGCGAGUGGCCGGUGUCGGUGCUGGCUGUCUUGAGCCGGCUUUUUGUGAACACAUGUCCUAGCGCUACUGCAGGCUGCACGCGAUCGCAAGUGCGAGGAAGACGGCAAUACGCUCACGUGUGGAUCACCUACAUUUAUACACAAUUAUAUAGCACACUAAAAUAUUGAGCACAAAAAAUCUGGCAAUUUUGAUCCUAGCAACGCAUUCAUAAUUUUACCGCAGGGUCAAGAACACGCCGGCGCUGCUUUUUCGGCCGAUUUUUUUUAAAUGUUUAUUCGCGGGGCGCACGUGCAUUUUUUUAAUAAUCUUGGCAAUCGAGCCCUGGACUGUUGCCUAAGUUGCCUUUUGGACGUGUUGUGACGUUGGUGUUACCAUAAUAAUGUGAUAUAUUUUUAGUGACAAUUAGAUAGGAACAAACUGUGAUUUUUAUGGUGAUAUUGUUGGUGAUUGUGAAGAUUUUUGGAUUGUGACAGACGUAACGGAGGAUCUCGAAAAAUUCCAUGACAAGGAUAACAAGCGGGUCGAUAGACAUACACCGUAUAUUUUUAUAAGAUAGUGCCAAAUAAUACGAGUUUAUAUAUUUAGAUAGAAAUUUUAAAUCGAUCAAGAUGAUGGAAGGCAGGACAAUCGAUUACAGGCCGGACGGUGGUGGCCUGGAUUAUCACAAUUCACCUUUAAUGGCAGAAAUUCCUAUAGACAAUUACUCGCACAUACACAGGAGUAUAGAGCACCUCAGAUCUAUAGGUGUACCACCUCCGCUUGAUCAUCAUAGGCAUCUGUCAGCGAAUAUAACUGACCUGCGGAGGUAUGAACAUCCUGAUGAGAUACCUGAAAUAAAGCCGUCCGUAUUAAGGUUAUCUGAAUUCAAGAGUGGAUUACACGAUAUCAGAGUGAACAACGAUCAAGAGAAUGACAUCCAAAGACAGAUGACGCCGCACGACGAUGGACCGAAGGGAUACAGCGCGCCAUCGACGCCACUGUCGGAGAAUGGGGGGCAGAGCGUUCAGGAAGAGAAGGUGUUCGGUUCAAAAGCGGAUCUGCAGCUGCAUACACAGAUCCACCUUCGGGAGGCGAAGCCCUACCGCUGCACCCAGUGCCCGAAGGCCUUCGCCAACUCCUCGUACCUGGCGCAGCACUCCCGCAUCCACCUCGGCAUCAAGCCCUAUCGCUGCGAGAUCUGCCAGCGCAAGUUCACCCAACUGUCGCAUCUCCAACAGCAUAUCCGCACCCACACCGGAGACAAGCCGUACAGGUGCACUCAGAUCGGAUGCACAAAGGCCUUCUCCCAACUCUCCAACCUCCAAAGCCACAGCCGCUGUCACCAAACUGACAAGCCAUUCAAGUGCAACUCUUGCUACAAAUGCUUCACGCAUGAGAAGGAUCUGCUGGAACACAUCCCGAAACACAAGGAGUCGAAGCAUUUGAAGACGCACAUCUGCCAGUACUGCGGCAAGAGUUACACGCAGGAGACGUAUCUGAGCAAGCACAUGAAUAAGCACGCGGAGAGGGCUGACAAGCGGCCGCCGAUUUCAGCGCUGGGACUUAGCGGCUUGAAUCGCUCGUUAGCAGCUGCCGCGCCCACAGCGGCGCCGUUCGCUGAGCAUCCUUACUGGCCGAAAGUGAGCCCGGAUUCGGCGGCUCACAUGUCUGACGACGGCGGCUACCACCAGCAGCGCGAAAGCGAUGACCACCACGAGCAGCAGCUGCAGCAGCAGCGAGCGUUGUUCUCGCAGCACGAGAGCCAGGACGACCGCAUCCACAGCACGCCGGUCUCGUCGGCCGCCAACUCGGCCUUCACCCCCAUCAACUCCAUGGCCCCGCAUCUGAACGGCCUGUCGCACCACAGCGCGCUGCCGACCCGGCCCUACCUGUACGACCCCCUCCACUUCCAGCAGGGCAAGCAGCAGCCCAACUCCUUCCCCAACCAGCUGAUCUCCCUCCACCAGAUCAGGAACUACGCUCACCAGCCCUCGGCCCUCCUGCCCGCCGAGCAUAUCCUCCCCCACGCGCUAUCCCACAAAGACAAACAGUAAACCCUUGCCGACCUAGAUACGCCUACUUUAAUACGAUGGUAUUACUAGCAUAUAAAUAACGAAAUAUUAUAAAAUAUUUAGAAUCUCGCUCUCGAAGACAGUGGUAUUAAUGUAUGAAAUACGAAAUUGGUUUUAUCGUUAGUGAAACAAAUUCAUGUUUUUAGACUUAAUCGUGUAUGAAUACUCUGAAUUUUGUGAGUAGAUGAUACUGGUUAUUCUGAAUUUAUUGGUCGUUUUACAGAUUGUAGAUUAGUUCUCGUCAAAGCAGGCUUC